UAUACAAUCUUCUGAUCCUUUUUCCCACGCGAGAAUCUGGACCCAUCCCUUCUUUUUGUCCCUCCAUAACCUAAAGCCAGCCUGAGGAAGGUACAGUGAUGAUGAAAUCGUCUCACCUUCCAAAACCCUUUCUUCAAUCAAACUCCACUCCACCAUAUUCAUACCAAAAUCUUGGCUUUUCGCGCACAAUAGAAUAAACAAAGACUAGGCCUAACCGCCUAAGCGCUCCAAUAUGACUGAAAUACUCCAAUCGCCAUCGCACUUACCUUCAACCUCAAGCUCUUCCAGUCCAUGUGGGCGAAUCACACCCAAUGAUGGGUCUCAUUCGAGUCCCCUUAUUAACAGUCCCACAGUAGAUGAAAGGGUCCAGGUCCAGUUGGGUACAGAGGAGGUCGAAGAGGAGGAAGGCCAAGUACGAGACAGGAAAAGGAAAGAAAGAGACAGAGAGGGAGAUCAGCUGUCUAUUUUGACGCUUUUGGUUACUGCUUUCAGGAAAUCUUUGAUUGGGUGUAGUACUAGUGGAGGAGAGCUCUCUUCCAUGGAGAUUGGAUGGCCUUCUAAUGUCAGCCAUGUUGCGCAUGUUACCUUCGAUCGCUUUCAUGGUUUUCUUGGACUGCCUGUGGAAUUUGAACCCGAGGUUCCCAGAAGAGCUCCUAGCGCCAGUGCAAGUGUUUUUGGGGUUUCAACAGAAUCUAUGCAACUUUCUUUUGAUGCCAGAGGAAAUAGUGUGCCCACAAUACUCCUAUUAUUGCAAAGACAACUGUAUGCACAAGGAGGCCUGCAGGCUGAAGGAAUCUUCAGAAUUAAUGCUGAGAAUGGUCAAGAAGAGUAUGUGAGGGAACAAUUAAACAGAGGAGUAGUACCAGAUGGCAUUGAUGUGCACUGCUUGGCCGGCCUUAUAAAGGCUUGGUUCAGAGAACUUCCAUGUGGAGUACUGGACCCUCUUUCACCGGAGCAGGUGAUGCAGUCUGAGUCUGAAGAAGAAUGUGCUCAACUUGUAAGGCUUCUCCCUCCAACAGAAGCUGCUCUGCUGGACUGGGCAAUAAACCUAAUGGCUGAUGUUGCUCAAUUGGAACAUUUGAACAAGAUGAGUGCACGUAAUAUUGCAAUGGUUUUUGCACCGAAUAUGACGCAAAUGGCAGAUCCGUUGACCGCUUUGAUGUAUGCAGUUCAAGUGAUGAAUUUUCUCAAGACUCUUGUCCUAAAGACACUGAGAGAAAGAGAGGAGUCUGUGGUAGAAUCGAAUCCCAUUUCUAACCUAGAUUCAUUUGAUGAUGACUGGCACCAGAGCCCUUCCUGCCUGGAUUUCAAGGAUGGCAAUGAAGACGGAAAUGACACGAAUGAAGUAGAGGAAAAAGUCAUUGUUACUGAGGAGCCUUCUUCACAAAGCCCAAGUCACCUUUCUGAAGAUGGAUCUGAAACUGAAAGUGGGUUGAAAACUUUGCCAAUAUCUUCUGAAAAUAUCAUUUCUCGGGGAAAUAGGCUGCUAGUUGACAGUUGCCCUUGCAAUGUCAUCUCUCAAGUUAGCUUAAGUGGUCUGAUGAAGGCGGAUCAAGUCAAUAUUUGCAAGAGCAAAAACCUACCGUUGAGCAAAUCAAGUACAGUGAAGUAUUCUGAAAAGGUGAUUGAGCUGCCCCCAGUAGGCAAUGCAGAGAAGAAGAGGGGAAUUCCCAUUAUUGGGCGAAUAAACUCGAGAACUGAAUUGGCUGAAGCUUGGCGGUGAAAGGACUCUCAUUGUGUAUCUCGCGGCCUAAGGAGAUGUUGCCCCCAUCAUGUUACAGUGAUUACUGUGAUUUCUAUGGCUGUGGAUCUUUUGUGAGAUCACGGAUGCUGAAAUCUGAUGGAUGGGGAAGUCAGUGAUGGAUAGGUUAAGAAAAAUGCUUGUUUGGAAAUGCUUUAGUGCUGGCUUCAUUUCAUUUUUUCAAAUUCGUGUUUCUGGGUGUGAGUUUCUUAGCCAUGUAUCUUUGUAUUUCUGUAACAUGCUUAGUUCUAACACUCUUGUUGUAGAGUUCAAUGAAUUCAGAUUGACCUCUUUCCGCGCUUA